CAAUUGGCGAAUUCAAGAACGGCCAAUGAUCAUUCCAGCCUCGCGACCACUCCUGGUGAGACGCGACCAUACAUCUUCUUCAGUUUGCUUCUUCAACCUAGAAUUCGAUGCUCACAGACAUCCCAAAGAGGGACGCCUUCACCUCCGAAACGGGGAGCAUGCGAGCAACUCGGAGUUCGGUACUGCAAUGCAGCCCCUCUCACAUCAUGGAGCUUUCCCCAUGAGCUUCUCUCUUCAUCACCGAACACCCAUCACAAAGCCCCAUAUGCAUCUCGAUUUGUAUUCAAGGCCAGCAAAGUUCUAUCACUAUCCCGCUAUCUCUCAAAAGCUGGGUGAUAGAUUCCCAUCUGCGCAACGCCAUCCUCCCACGUCUUCCCGCGUCUCAACAGCCUGGGGGUUUGGCCGUUACGGCGCAAAAUCUCCGGAAGCAACCCUCGACGGACAAGCCCUUGAUGCCGAGCGCUUGAUGAGGCCAGUGUGCCCAGCCUCAACACCGAAGAGAGCCUCAUCUUGGCAGGGCAUCACCACGAAAAGAUGAGGAUUGGCAUGGACAGAGACAAGCCCUCAGUCGACAAACGCCACGGCGGACACCAUUGACAGAGCCCUUUCAGACUGACAUCUCCGUACUGCUUUCCUAUGGCCCCGUCAGCCCGUCCGUGGUGGGUCAAAGCGACACUCGAACCCUGCAGGAUACAGGGGGUUCGUCCAGGAAACCUGAAUGAUUUUCCAAGAAAAUGGAAAUUUGGGUCCAGCUUUCCCGCAGUGAAUCCGAUUAUAGAUGCAAUUGCACCAUUCACUGCACGGCAGUAUUGCCCUCCUGCAGUUGGGUCAACCAUCAUUUCCUUGUACAGGUUGAUGAUCAGGGCACGCAGGACACCGGGCUGCAGUUGACGCAGUGGGGAACCAUUUUGCCGGCACUUCUGAUUAUCAUCUCUUCGGACGCCCAACCGAACUCGACAUGCUGCACAGCUCGCGGUCGAGAUGGGAGCGGCCAAUGAAGAGGCUGUUGGUCAGAUGUUUGUGACACAACAGCAACCAAGUACACACAGCGAGAACUCCCCUUGGCAAUCUUUCUCUGACACAAAGUUUCCGUGAUGCAUUUCCGAGCGUCUUACCAACUGUCCGAAGCCUCGUGAACUGGGCCGAGAGUCGUAGGCACCACGGCCGAGUGCAGGUUCAUAUUGACGCUUAUUGCCGCUGACAUGCCCCUAUCGUCAACAUUGGUCCAUGAGCUCGUAGCGUACGGCUAAUUGUGCAAGGUGCAUGAGGGUAAAGACGGCAUUGACGGGGCACGGGCGAAUCGGCUAGAUACCAACGAUCCAUCCACAAGUGCCCGUUGUUCGGGACGGCCCAGGAAGUGGUAGGUUGUUCGUCAAGUGUCAAGCAAGGCUUGUUGUUUAUCUGCAUUGCUGGGUUGGGUCUGGUAGACCAACCAGAAGACGAUACUAUGUAGAAACUGGGAGAACAUGCCUUGGUUGCUGUUGAUGAAGGCACCACCAUGAAGGUUACCGGAGCAGGCGGCUAAAAGCUGACCAUAUGUCAGGUCUGCUUUUUGGCCAUGAUAUGCGCUGUCAAACAUGGUCAAUGUUGACGUUUUUUGCCUCCCUGCUCACCAUUUUGGUUCCCUUUCAGGAAGCUGAGGGAAGAGAUGGACAUUGAUUGACAAUUGACAGCCAAUUGUCGGCAUAUGGGAUUAUCGGAUGGGAAGCCACCCGUUCCAGCCGCUGCCUGCCCCCCUAUUCUCAAAACCUUGAUAUUGGGCAGUCUGCUUUCACACGUGGCGUCACUGCAACGUGGUAGAGAAUUAGACUGGAAGGAGAAAUUCAGCUCCGUGGCUGUUGGGCGUUAUUAAAUCAGGUAGGUAAUAUUGACUGUAGGGGCGUGUGGGGGAGGAUGACACCGAAAAAGAUGGCGGCGGCUUUUUUGCUUCUUCUUCUUCUUCUUGCCGUGUUGUCUAUGGCUCGGCCCGUAAUUGCGUGGCGGUUUGGACAGUAGGAUUGUCAAUGGAGAAUGGUUAGGGGUACUGUGCUUUGUUUUCGUGGGCUGAAGAAGCUUGACUUCUUUUAGAGGGGGGGUGUAGGAUGUCUCAGAUCAAUAUUGGGCUGUUGACGUUCAGCCCUGCCCGGUUUUGUAGAAGGAUUUACAGAGCUUGCAGAGAAUGAUGGGAGCCGUUGGGGGGAUUGG